AUGUUGCCGGAGUUGCCGAAAGCCUGUGAGGCAACUCGGGAGGGCACCAUGAAGUUUGCGGCGCACCGCCUGGUCGCGAGCCUGUCUCCAUGCAUCCCUGAGGAAUGCUACGACACGACGGACGAGGAAAGCUACGGGUUUGUGCCGGACGAGCUGCACAACGUGGUCAGUGGCCUUCUCGCUUGGCUGAUGCCCCGAGCAGGCCCUUUCCAAACAUUGUCUAACGACAAGAGAGGGUUGCAUUGGAGCGUUUCCUGGAACUGGCGAGGUUUUAGUAUGUCGGAGUCAGAAAUGGAGGCUGCAGCGGUGCAAGCCGUGUCAGUGACGUUCGUGCACAUGCGCUAUUUGACAGCGUACGUGCGCUUCCUGAAAGCGCGAGAGUGGGUGGCGAAGGAUGAAGCUGCUGUUGUAGCUGAUAGGCAGAUUUAG